AUGAAUCCAAUAAACACACCGAAAAGCUCUUCAAAGUCAAUGAUUGCACAAAAUGUUGCUCUCCUUACCGAGUAUCAAGCAUUGAUAGACCGUGUAUUUGCUGCCAUCGCUGCAAAUGCAGAAGGAAAACCAACAGAUCGGCCACCUGUUGACAUAAUGAAAGAUAUUGUAGAGCUGGACAAAAAAAUGCAACAAGGUCUUGACCAAAGUAAGGUUAUUAAAGAAAUUGAAGCUGAAAAUAAUGCAAUUAUGGAGUUUGUUAAUGAAUUAAAAAAUGGGAAAGAACAGCUUGAAAUCUGUUUGGAUGAGGCGAAUGAAACAAUUGAAACCAUAAAUUUUGCCUCUGAAUCUUCGGUAACUGCUGAUGAAAUACUAAAAUAUGCAAAUAGAAUUAGCAGCUAUACAUCUGCUCCACCAAAUUAUAUAGCUGGAACUUUUGCUGAACCUCCGUAUCCUGAUGAAACACGUAUGAGGAGAAGCUUUCUAUUUCGGCAAGAUGUUGAGAUGUUUGAUGAGGGAGGUCAGACUGUAGUACGAUCUAUCAUUUCGUAUAUUUUACCUUUAAUGCUUUCAUGGGAUCUAGGUUUAAGACCGGAACUGAUAAAUUCGUAUCCUGUCAAGUGA